GCGCGGUGGCCCACAGACCUCCUUUCAGGCGCCGGUGCCGGUGGUGCUUCCCGGCAGAGCUAUGGCCGGGGACACAGAUUCGAUCCCUGGUCCAGGAAGAUCCCACAUGCCGCGGAGCACCUAAGCCCGUGCACCACAACUACUGAAGCCCCCUCGCCUAGAGCCCGUGCUCCGCAACGAGAGAAGACCCCGCUCGCUGCAACUAGAGAAAACCUGCGCGCAGCAAAGAAGACCCAACGCAGUCAAACAAACAAAAGUCCUUUUACACACCUCCCUCUGAGUGUGACUCUAUCUUUCAGAAGAGGCUGAUGGACUUGAGAGCUGUGGUUCUUGGUGGGGUUGAGGGUGGUGUUGAUCUGACUCCCUUGAGGAAUGUUUUCAAGUUACAUGACCUCAGCCCCACCCACCCAAAAAACAAACAAGCUUUCCGCUUGGCCCUCAUCCAGCUUCAAGUUUCUUCCGUCAAAUCAGAUAACCUCACUCGAGCCUGUGGCCUUAUCUGGGAGGCAGCAAAGCAGGGAGCCAAAAUAGUUUCUCUGCCAGAAUGCUUUAAUUCUCCAUAUGGCACGAAAUAUUUUCCUGAAUAUGCAGAGAAAAUUCCUGGUGACUCCACACAGAAGCUUUCUGAAGUAGCAAAGGAGUGCAGCAUAUAUGUCAUUGGAGGUUCCAUUCCUGAAGAGGAUGCUGGGAAAUUAUAUAAUACCUGUGCUGUGUUUGGGCCUGAUGGAACUUUACUGGUAAAGCACAGAAAGCUCCAUCUGUUUGACAUUGAUGUUCCUGGGAAAAUCACAUUUCAAGAAUCUGAAACAUUGAGUCCUGGUGAUAGUUUCUCCACAUUUGAUACUCCUUACUGCAGAGUGGGCCUGGGCAUCUGCUACGACAUCCGCUUUGCAGAGCUGGCACAAAUCUAUGCACAGAGAGGCUGCCAGCUGUUGGUAUAUCCUGCAGCUUUUAAUUUGACCACCGGACCAGCCCACUGGGAGUUGCUUCAGCGAGGCCGCGCUGUUGAUAAUCAGGUGUACGUAGCCACAGCAUCUCCUGCCCGGGAUGACAAAGCCUCCUAUGUUGCCUGGGGACACAGCACCGUUGUGAGUCCUUGGGGGGAGGUCCUCGUCAAAGCUGGCACUGAAGAAAUGAUCGUGUAUUCAGACAUAGACCUGAAGAAGUUGGCUGAAAUACGCCAGCAAAUCCCCAUUUUUAGCCAGAAGCGAUCAGACCUCUAUGCAGUGGAGGCGAAAAAGCCCUAAUGUUUAUGUUUCCAACAUGUCAUGAAACAGGAAGAUAUGUUUCUACCACAUAAUCAACUCCCUUCUGAAUUCUUUAAUGGAGAUUCUUUUUUUUUUUUUUUUUUUUUUUUUAAAUUUCAGCCGUUUCCCAUCCUGGAUAGGGAAGCUCUCUGUUGAGAUGGUGGAGCAUCAACUGAUGCUGGUGUUUUCCACACCAUAUUAAAUAGUCAAAAAGGACUCAGGCUGGCAUGGACGAGCAGAAGGCAAGGGGAUGGCUGGCUGUAAGUCUUCCAUGUUCAAGUUAUCUCAAAGCAGUUAGUAAAAGUAUCAGAUCUUGAUCUCCUU